UGUCCCCGCCCGGCCGCCGUCGGAACCAAUCUUCCCGGCUGCGGCCUAGUCCCCUCGGGAAAGAUGGCGGCCGCAGCGGACCGUCCUCCCGCCGAGGCCGCCAAGCCCCUGCUGGGGCUGCUGAACGGCAUCGCCCAGGCCACCUACUACGGCAACGCGGAGAUCACGGAGGAGCUGCUGCGGGACCAGCUCUACCCGGAAACGGCGCCGCAGGAAUUCCGAGCCUUGCUGGCCAAGACGACGGGCGUCGUCAAGUCAAUAGCUUCGGCUGACAUGGAUUUAAAUCAGCUAGAGGCUUUUUUGACUGCACAGACGAAGAAACCAGGAGGCAUCACAACUGAGCAAGCUGCAGUUAUUGCCAAAUUUUGGAAAAGCCACCGAGUGAAAAUUCGAGACAGCCUUAUAAACCAAAGCAAGUGGGAAAAUAGCUUGAAAAACAUCAGCUGGAGAGUGGAUUUAAAGUCUCAGUCAAGACACGCUGACCAGUUAAACAACCCUGUGGCAAUAGUUGAAAUGGAACUGGGGAAGCAAGGACAGGAAUCUGAAUUUUUGACUUUGGAAUUUGAUGAGAUCAAAUUGAAUCAAAUGGUGAGGAAGCUUUCGGAGAUUGAAGACAGCAUUACUUCUCUGACUCAAUCAAACUAGCUUUUGAGUUAAAACUGUGUAUGGCACAAAAUAUGUUUUCAUUCCUGUUCAUUCCUUUGGUCAUCAUGCUUGUUGUGAAAUAUUUUAGUUCAUUCUUCUGUCAUGUAAGAAUUGAAAUAAAGAUGUCAAAAAGUAACUCAGGAAAAACAUGCAUAGACGCUUGCAAAGAUCAUUCCGCCCAUUAAAACAAAAGGAUGUAAUUGGAUUAAAAUAGAGUUAAUAGCAGAGCUCUGCAGAACAACAGGAGGUAUUGCUAUUAUUCAUUUUUUUUCUCCAGCAGUUGAGACCAGAAGAAGCAGUUGACCCUUGCCUCAAAUGAGAACGAAUGUGAAAGUGAAAAGAAUGGAAAGUUACACAUACAGAUUGUACUGGGGAAUGAAGACAAGAGUCCUGGUUCAGACGUGAAGGCCAGUUCAGGCAUUUAUCUUAAGCUGACAUCGCAGAUUGCAUGGUGAAAGGACAGGUGCAUGCCCUGUCGCUGCACAUAAUGUGUGGCACAGGUACUCUAAACAGGCCUUUGUGUGUGCAUUCUGGCUCAAGCUCCCCCUUCUUUAGGGAGAAAUGCUGUGUGGCUCAGACCAUUGCACAGAUGGUCCUCCAUUGGGGGGGGGGGCUAGUUACAUUAUGCGCCGGUGAGGCCUAGGCCUAGUCCUCCCUCCAGUGAGUUGUGGCAGUGGCUGCUAUGUGACAACAGGCCCAGGAGAAAAAUACCUGUAGGAAAUUCCUAUAUGUACCUUUAUUUCCCUUCAUAUUCAACAGCAGUUUGUUUGUAUACACAAAGAGUUCAUAAUUGGAAACCAUUGUCAGGCUGUCAGACCCUAUCAGGAAAAUUAAGCAUAAGUUUAUUUUGGCUACUUCAAGCACAAUGUAUGAAAGUUCAAAACCCCCUGCUGGAAAUUAUUAUCCAGUCAUUUGAAAAGCCUAAAUAGGUGUAAUUUCAGAUGGAGAGCAAAUUAACAUCAGAAAGACUUUUCAGCAUGAACUGUUACAUCUCUAGAGCAAUGCCUUGUGGUAUAUUACAGUGCAUAUUGAAAAUGUAAAGUGUAAGGCAAAAUAUUAAAGUGACAUGCAUAUAUGAACUCCAGAA